AUGAGUAGCGGUGGAACCACCACAGUUUCACCACAGGAGCCUCAGGCGUUCAAACGCGCCGUGCGGAAGAUAAAAUGUGCCGCCAUGGUGGCCAACUUGGCCAAGAGCUGGCAGGGCUGGGCCAACGAUCACUCCGACAAGCAGGACGCCAUCCCGACCGGCUGGAUGCCUUCAUCCAUCGAAGAGGCAGACAAGAGAGAUCACGACCACGUGGCCAAACUCACCAUCACGCCGCGGGUCGUUGCAGCCGAUGGCGCCAACUCCGGCGGGAGUAAGAUCCGGAGCGUUUCCGUCACUAAGAGCGUGCAGCCCAAACGCAGCGAGUGCAGCAGCAGCGAUUUGGUCAACGCCAUCCGAGGGAGGAUGGAGUCGGGCCCCGAGGAAAGCAAGCCGUUCCUGGGCAACGAGUCGCCGACGCGGCGGCGCCAGAUGAGGGCGCUGCAGAACGCGGAAGCAGGAGGAGGAGUCAUCCAGAACAGGAAGCUCCUGCUGCAGGAGAAGAAGGAGGGGUCGAGGAGCAGCAGCGUGGACACGGAGGACAGCGGGCUGGGAGAGGAGGCGGCGCUCAGCGAUAACAGCGAGUCGAAAGCGGAGCAGGUCGACAUCCUGCUGAAGAAACGCAGCAGCAGGCCCAAGAUUAAGAUCGCCACUACGAGCGACAUCAAGAACCGCUGGCAGCAGUGGUCCGUGCAGCACAUCGAGGGCCAGAAGCUCAACCCCUUCAGCGAGGAGUUCGACCACGACUACGCCAUGGCCCAGCGCCUCCGCAAGGGCGACUCCGGCUACGGCCGACCCAAAGACGGCUCCAAGACGGCGGAGCGGGGCGACCGGGCCCAGAAACACAUCCACAGGGAGAUGGAGGAGAUGGUGUGGAUUAUCAGGGACAUGGGCGUCCAGGACAGAGAGGGACGGACCGUCAUCAGCUUCGGACGCCUCUUCGACCGCUACGUGAAGAUCUCAGACAAGGUGGUGGGCAUCCUGCUGCGCUGCCGCAAGCACAAGAUGGUGGACUUUGAAGGGGAGAUGCUGUGGAAAGGACAGGACGAUGAUGUCAUCAUUACGUUAAGGGACUGA